GCAUUUUUUUAUUUGGCAAUGUCAUUGGCCGUCACGUCUCGUAAUGCUUCGGAACUUUUGAAAGAUUCUCAGUUUUUAGAAGAAGAGCAGAAACGAAUAGAGCAGAGAGAGUUAUCCAGAGCAGUUAUAGUCAGUAAUGUUCCAAAAAUAACUGUGGACAAAUACGAGAAGCUGUGCACCGUCUUGAGAAAAGUAUUCCAACAAGUCGGAAACAUUGGAAGCGACGCACUUUGGGUUCCUCAAGACGAAAAUAAGGACACCAAAGGAUUUGCUUUGAUUACUUAUGACACUCCCGAGGAAGCUUUGAAAGCAGUUCUUCAACUCAACGAAUAUCCGCUGGAUAAGAACCAUACCUUGCAAGUAAAGACUUUGUUAGAUAUAGAAAGAAUAGUCCAUACAUCAGAAACGUUUGAACCUCCUUCUCUACCAAUAGAAAUACCAACUGAUCCAUCUUCUCGUCCAAAUCUAUUCUCUUGGUUGUUAGAUGAACGAGGAAGAGAUCAGUUCAUGAUUCGUCACGAAGAAACCGAAAUUUAUUGGUUUGAUUCCUUGGGGAUACCUCCACAGUUGGAAUAUUCACGAAUGAAUUGGACGGAAGCAGACGGUUACUGGUCACCUCGAGGAACUUAUUUCGUGACAUUUCACAUUCAAGGAAUAGCAAUAUGGGGUGGUCCCAAAUGGGAAAGACUGAUGAGAUUCCCACACAGUCAUGUUAAGAAGUUUGAUUUUUCUCCUUGUGAAAACUAUCUAGUUACUUGGAAUGAUUUGGAUCCAGAAAGAGAUAAUCCGAAGGAUCCCGAGUGUAUUAUUAUUUGGGAAGUUGCCACUGGUCGUAAAUUACGCGGCUUUUUGGGUCCUAAACAUGACGAAAAAGUAGCUUGGCCAAUGUUCAAGUUUCAAUACAAGGACGAGAUGGUUGCUAGACUGGUUGAAAACGCAAUAAGCGUUUACACUUUGCCAGAAAUGACAUUGUUGGACAAACGUUCAAUGAAAAUUCCAUAUAUAAGAGAUUUUCAGUGGUCACCUGCUGACUCCAUUAUUGCAUAUUGGCAGCCGGAAGUGGGAAAUAACCCUGCGAAAGUGACUUUAGUAGAAAUGCCAUCCAGAAAGGAACUUCGACAGAAGGCCGUCUACUCAGUAGCCGAUAUUGAACUGUAUUGGCAACAGAAUGGAAAAUAUCUUUGUUGCAAGGCAAGUCGCCUUACCAAAUCAAAAAAGAGUCGUUUGGCAAACUUUGAAUUUUUCCGAAUUCGUCAAAAAGAGAUUCCUGUCGAAGUGUUGGAAUAUAAAGAAAAGGAAGUAGUGUAUGAUUUUGCGUGGGAACCUGAUGGUGAUCGUUUUGCCAUAGCAUACGGAGAUAAUGCAUCACGAGCCAGUGUGGCAUUUUAUUCAAUGGAGGACACGCAAGUAAAGUAUUUGUUUAGUUUAACUCAACGACCAGUGAAUCGCAUCUUUUGGGCACCGCAAAAUGGUUUUGUUGUACUUGCGGGUUUGGGAAGUUUAAAUGGUCAGCUGGAGUUUUACAACGUCAAUGAACAAGAAAGCAUGAAUCAAUCGGAACAUUUUAUGUGUACCAACGCAGAAUGGGAUGCUUCAGGAAGGUUUGUAGCGACAUGGGUUCCUUAUUCGCGCAACAAAAUGGAAUGUGGUUAUAUUAUUUGGACCUUUUAUGGAAAAGAAGUUUAUCAAGCUACAAUUUCUAUGUUUUCUCAGUUCUUGUGGAGACCUCGUCCUGAAUGGCUGCUGUCAAAGGAACAACAAAAGAAAAUAAAAAAGAAUUUGAAGUCAUAUCGUGAAAGAUACGAAAGAGAAGAUCAAGAACUGAAGGAAAUGAGAAGAAGUGGAAAAGCAGCUGAAAGGAAGAAGUUGAGAGACGCAUGGAAACAGUAUCUACAGUCCAUAGGAGAAGAUGACAAGCCUUUCCAAUGGAUGUCUGGAAAGAAAGAAACCACAGAGGAAAUUGUUGAGAUAACUGAAGAGUUAUUGGAAUUCAAAGAGGAAAUUAUUGACAAGUAGCAAUAUUAGCUUUCUAGGAUAAGAAUUUUUUUGUCUUUGUUUCUUUCUGGGAAGUAGACUAAAAUUCUUGCAAGAUAAUGAAAUAAAGGAUGGAAGGAUCUUCAUAUUUGAAGCGAUGGCAAGAUACUUGUCUAUUAUCAUUUGUUUGUAGAAAGAAAGACGUUUCUUUCUCAGGCAUUUAAAGUGUAUAGGAAAUCUGUCAGUAGAGACCCGCAACACUCCUUUCGAUAGGAUAUCUCUGAAGAAGCUGUCGAUUUUAUUGCACCAUUCAAAGUAUACUUGGCAUAUCUAAUAUGAAACACUACAACGUUCUGAUAUUGCUUUUGAGACAUACAUUUACUGCAGCAUUCAAGACCACUCAUACUCAGUUGCUGCAAAGUAGAAAAUCUAUAAUUAAAAGUAUUUUCUAAGCAAGGGCUUUUCCUAUGCCUUUGGACAAAGAAUAAGAAAGAGACAAUGAUCCUUGUAUAGCAUCGACUAGGAAAACAUUGUACGAUUACUAUUUUUCAGACUAAUUCAGGACAGUUGUCCAAUUU